AUGGCUUUAGACGUAUCCGCACCCACUCUGCCGCUAGCAGCAGCGUCGCCUAAUAAGAGGAAACCCCCUCAUCACCAUCGCCGGCGUGGUGCCGGCAGCGCUGCCGACACUUCCGACACUUCGGACAUCGCUCCCGACGACAAUGAACUUAUUGACGACGAAGACGAAGACGACGAAGACGACGACGCCCCGACUCGGCUGACGCUGCCCGACCUGGUGAUGGACGAUGAGUCUCGGGCUCAGAACCUCAACGACGACGAAGAGGCGACCACUCCGCCAACACUGGACUCGACGCCGCCGCCGCAAUCACAACUGGCGGCGACGCCCUCAGCGCUGGCGCAAGCGCUGGCAGCGCACCACCAUAAGCGCGCCAAGGCGCUGUCGCGGGCGCCGAUCGCUACCGGCAUCCUGACGACGAUCCCGGUGACGGGAGAAAAACCGCGCCCGUCCCAGCGGGACAACUCCCAGUUGGAGGACGACGUCCUCUACGCCAUCUUCUUAAUCCUUUACGAAAAGGAUCCCGACGGCCAGGGGAUGACGGUGAAACAGAUCUGCGACGUGUUGGUGGCGCAGCACCCGGAAAUGGCAUCGUUGCUGACGAAAACGCUGAACUUGGUGUCGGCGAAAUUGAACGCCUAUGUCAAACGGGUGGAGAAAGGCGACGUCAAUUUGAAGUACGCGCUUCUGAGAGAGUGGAAGGACGCCCUGCCGAAACGGAUGGUGUACGUGUACCGCGGUUUGCUCACGCUGGACUUCCACUUACACUUGGCGGGAGCUAAUAGUGAUGGUGGUAGCGGCACUGCCGGCGCGCGGUCGCAGCUGCCGGCAACGACGACGACGACGAAGUUGGCGCCGGCGGCGCGGCGCGGUAGCGGCGCUACUGGCGCUAAUGGCGACGACUCUCUCGCGCUGACUAAGUUCGCCGCCAUCAAUAAGCCGCGACGGCAGACGAUGUGGGACUUGGGCGUCACCCGCCACACGUUCAGCGACCCGGAUAAGUCCCAUUUGUUCGUCCCCUACUCGGCGGCGCCAGUGGCGGCGGCAUUUACGUCGCUGGCGCCGUCCAUCAUGGCGCCGGGCGCGCGCUCGGGCGGCGGCGCUAAUGGCGCCUCUGGCAACGGUACUGCUAGCGGUACCGACGGCGCCACCAGCGACGCCGACGACAUAUUCUCCGACGACGACGCGGUGUUGUUCGACGUGGACGUGUUCAACAAACACGGCAAGCGCCUGAAGCUGAUGCUGGCCCUCGGCCUUAAGAAGCGCCCGUUGACGGCGGCGGCGGCGGCGCCGCGGGCGCCCCGCGGAGCGCCCCACCAGCACUCACCCACGGCGGCGGCGGCGGCAGCAGCGCUCCACGCGGCCGCGCUCAAAGCGAUCUCGGCGCUGACGGCGGCGCUCCAAGCGACGGUGGCGCCGGGGGCGCCCUCGCCACGCCAGCCGUGGCUCCGCCCGGGGGUGUUGUCGCAGGAUAUCGGUGCCCCGGAGGACACCAGCUUGUCGGACAUCGACAAGUUCUUUGCCUAA